AUGGAAUCGCUGGCCGAGCAGACGUGGGAUGUCAUACUCCACGGCACUGGCCUGCAGCAGUCGCUGCUAGCCUUAGCGCUCUCGCGGUCCGGAAAGCAAAUCCUGCAUCUCGAUCCCAAUGAAUAUUACGGCGGUCCUGAAGCUGCCUUCGGUCUGCAGGAGGUCGAGGAAUGGGCUGCCACGCACGCAGACGCUGACGACGUCGGCCCCGCGCGUGCUUUCUCGUCCGCGACCGUGAGCAAGCCUGAGGUCGCGGCCGGCUCUGGGCCUUCGCUCUCCUUUCCGAGAGCCUACUCCCUCGCCCUCGCGCCGCAGAUCGUACACACCCGCUCCGAGCUGGUCAAACAGCUGGUGUCCUCGCGUGCGUUCCGGCAGAUCGAAUUCCUCGCCGUGGGGUCUUUCUUCAUCUAUACCCUACCCUCCAGCGGAUCUGAAGACGGGAAAGCCACAAUCGUGCCAAUCCCCUCGAGCCGUGAGGCCGUCUUCUCGACUACUGCCAUCUCCGCGAAGGCGAAGCGGUCGCUUAUGAAGUUCUUGAAGUUUGUCUUGGACUACAACUCGGAUGAGCAGCGAGAUACAUGGACUCCGCACGCCGACAAGCCUCUGUCGGAGUUCUUGGCCUCAGACUUUAAGCUGGAUGAUGCACUGCAGACCUACAUCGUUACCCUGACGCUGAGCCUAGACGGGAGGAUCUCAACCAAGGACGGCUUGGCGGCCAUCCACAGGCACCUCUCGUCAAUGGGUGCCUUUGGACCGGGCUUCGCGGCGGUGUAUCCCAAAUGGGGCGGUCUCUCUGAGAUCGCGCAGGUUGGAUGCCGCGCAUGUGCCGUUGGCGGUGCAGUCUACAUGCUGGGCACUGGUGUGAAAGCAAUACGCCCACUUGACGUGCAGGAAGACGGCGCCCGCUUCGAGGUCGACUUGACCAGCGAUAUUACGGUGAAAUCCCGUGCACUGGUUCGCGGCGCUGAAGGUUUCGCCUCUGACAGCCAGCGUGUGAGCAGAACGAUAGCUGUCGUCAACUCGCCGCUUUCAUUUCUCUUCGAGACUCGCGUCGAGGGAGCGCCCACGCCAGCCGUCGCUGUCAUCGCCAUCCCGGUAGGCUCCAUCCAAGACGUCACCUUUCCAUACCCCAUCUACGUCUUUGCUCACUCGAGCGAGACGGGCGAAUGCCCAUCUGGACAGAGCGUACUCUACUUCGUCACACCAAAGACUGCCAACUCGGCCGAAGCCUUGGAAAAGGCUUCGGCGUCCUUGUUGUCUGCUCUCGGCGAUGGCGAGAGUCAACCGCAGGUCAUCUACAAGGUGGCAUACGAGCAAGCCAAGGCCGCUUCCUCCGCCUCUGCGGACGCCUCGGACGUUCUCCCAAGCCUACCGCUUGAUCUUGCCUUUAGCGACGCCGCUCUGGAGCCGGUGCGGCAGGCCUGGGCGAAAGUCGCGGGCCCUGUUGCGGACGAUCCCGACACUCAGUACAUGAAGUUCGAGGACCGGGAGGGCGUUGGCGACGAGGAUGACGUCUACGAGUAG